GGCUCAGGGAAGGAGCCGCGGGGGGGCGGGGAGAGAGCGAUCGGCGCGGCCAUGGCGGUGCUGGGAUACUGGGACAUCCGCGGCCUUGCCCACGCCAUCCGCCUGCUCCUGGAGUACACGGAGACGCCCUACGAGGACAAGCUCUAUAGCUGUGGGGAAGCUCCUGACUAUGACAAGAGCCAAUGGAUCAAUGAGAAGGAGAAGCUGGGCCUUGACUUCCCCAAUCUCCCAUAUUUCAUUGAUGGCCCCACCAAGCUGACACAGAGCAACGCCAUCCUGCGCUACAUCGCCCGCAAGCACAAGAUGUGUGGUGAGACAGAGGAAGAGAUCCUCCGUGUGGACAUGCUGGAGAACCAGAUCAUGGAUUUCCGCAUGAGUCUGGUGAUGGUCUGCUACAACCCUGACUUUGAGAAGCUCAAGCCAGGCUACCUGGAGCAGCUGCCGGGGAAGCUGAAGCUCUUCUCCAACUUCUUGGGGGACAGAAAGUGGUUUGCAGGGGAGAAGCUCACCUUUGUGGACUUCCUCAUGUUUGAUGUACUGGAGCAGAACCGCAUCUUUGAGCCCAAGUGCCUGGAGCCCUUCAAGAACCUCAAGGAUUUCAUGGAUCGCUUUGGGGUGAGCUAG